AUGAAUAAUAAUGAAACACGGCACGCAAAUACCCUGGGAAAACCUCCUGAGAGGAAAAACCCAGCAAUAAAGGCCCACAAGUCUGAUUAUGCAUUCAAUUCCAAAAGGUUGACAAGUCACUGCUUAGUCGCUUACACUAAUGAUGUUAUCAAUGAUGCUGAAACAAUUUUGAGCAAAAUAUGUGAUGUUCUCAAAGCCCACGAAGACAGAUAUAAUGGUGUCAUUGUUGAUAUAGAGAAUAUGCAAAAGGAUGCUUCUCGUUUUGCAGCUUCACUCAAGGCAUCACUUUCUCAAUGGGCACACCAGGGCAAGAAAGCGAUCUGGAUUAAAGUGCCCAAGGAACAGGUGAAACUAGUCCAUGUUGCGAUUGAGGUGGGAUUUUGGUACCACCAUGCAGAGCCUUCAUAUGUGAUGUUAGUGAAUUGGAUCCCUCAAACUCCUCCUACCAUCCCUGAUAAUGCUUCUCAUCAAGUGGGAAUCACAGCUUUUGUAUUCAACAAGGAGGGAGAGAUUGAUACAGAAUUUGUCCAAGUGGUUGGGUUUAGGGAUGGUCAUAAUGCCCCUUUCAAAAAAUCUGAUCUGCUCUUCGUGUGCAUGUUGAGAUCUGUUUCUUCUAACAUUGUUGUGCAAGAUACAAAAAUUUCAGCAGCCAAGGUACAUGUUUAA